ACUCGCAUACUUGAGGAGUUGAAAAAAUUAAUAUUACUUAAAAGAAGUGUAGUUAUAAAAUAACAUUCACAAAAAAUAAUCAACUAAUCAACACUAAGUAUUGGAAUAAGCACGUGCUACUUUGAUUACUGCAACAAUUAGUAAGUAAAUAGCAAUAGCAUUUUAUUUUUAACAAGAAAAAAUAAAAAUGGGUGGAAAACAUAAAAAAUUUUUGCGAUCUGAAAAAGCAAAAGUUAAAUUAAAGGGUGCUAAAUUACCAAAAGGCUUAAAUAUAACUAAAACUGAAUUCAAAGUAAAGAAAAUAAUUUUAAGAGAACAAUUACAGGAGCAAAAAUUUGAAACUGGAAAGAAAAGACAUGAUAUCAAAGACGUUCUGUCACGUCUUAAGCAUCACAAUGUUUCAUUUCGCACCGAAGCUUUGAAUAAUUUAAGAGAAUGUCUUUCAUAUAAUUCUGAUGAAAUCUUUCGUAAUUUAAGUCAAAUUAUACAUGGUUUAUCUAUGUUAUCUUUAGAUAUAGAGAAAGAAAUCCGUCGGCAAUCAUUCAAAGUUUUUACUGAAUUGUUCACAAUUUUUGAAUCACAUGUUAUAGAACCAUUUUUCAAUAUCAUUUCGUCCUAUUUAAAAUGUUCAAUGUCGCAUCUUAAUCAUUCAAUUCAAGAAGAUUCUCUUUUAUUUCUUGAUGUUCUAUUAAAGUAUGUUCCAAAUUUAAUUAUGUUGCAUCAUAAUCAAAUAUUUAUAAAUUUUCUGGACAUGAUAUCAAAAUUAAGAAUAGAUUCAAAACCUGGCAGAAUGUUGACUGUUAAUGUUGACAGGAAAAGUACAACAAUCAAAUGGAGAAGUAAAAUUUUAGACAAAUUGCAAAGAUUACUUCAAAUAAUAAUUAAAGAUUGGACUUCCAAACUAAAUUCUUUGUCAGGAAUGCAGGCUAAACCCAAAGAAAUAUUUUUGGGAAGUAAUACAUUUUAUUUAGAACUCUAUGAUACUUCAGCUUCAAAAGUUAAUUUCGAUUUAUUUAAUAUAUUUAAUAAAUCGGUUGGACAAUAUCGGUCGGACACUAUGGAUAAUGUUGAAAAAUCUAAGAAGUAUAUUGAAAGUUUGUGUCCGUUAUUACUUGAAGCUUGGAUGGAAGUACGGCCAAACUUUUCCGAAGAAGCACCAAUAAGAGUAGAAAUGUCAUUAUCAUUUGAAGCUGCUUUCACUCUGAACACUGUUCUUACUAUUUUAGAAUAUUUAUGGGAAAUGGUGGAAAUUUGUGAACGAAAAUUGAAUAUAGAUUUUAGUUUAACACAUUUUUUUCAAAAUUCUUUUGCAUCUGAAUUCAAAUCUCAAAUAUUUAGGAAAUUUCCGUACCAACAACUUGAUGUUGGAAACAAAUAUGAAAAAAAAGGAAAACAAAAAAUUCCAAAAGACCAAAUAUCUUCCGAUUUAGAUUGUUUCAAAUUAAAUUUGACAUUGGUUUAUCUUUACAAUAAAUUUUAUAAGUCGGCUAUUAUGAAAAACCGAGAUCAUUCUAUAGCUGUUCUGCAAUACACACAAUUUGUUUUUGAGAAUUCACACGUUUCAUUUGAAAAUCUAAUAAUAUUUGAAAAAACUUUAAAAUCUAUAUUGUUAUGUAAUGGGCACUAUUUCAUAAAAGUUGAUAAAAUUAAGUGCAUACAGCUGGUAAAAAUUUUAAUAGAAAAAUACAAAAAUGAGGAGCUUUCAAAAAAUUUAUCAGCAACCAUUUUAGCUGUAUUAUGUGAUAUAAUAUUGGAUGACCAAUUGUUAUCUCUUUAUGGGGCAGACGAAUUUUCAUCAUUUUUAGAUGUUUUACCUUUAAUGUUAAAAAAGGAAACUAUAUCUGUAAAAGUUAUUAAAACUCUUACUAAUUUAGGAAAGCGAAAAAAUGAAAUAUUUUUAAAAUCUUUAGGAGAACAAAUAGAAAAUGUAAUUCAAAACAUUGAAACAGUCAAAAUUUCAGAAUGUGAAGAAAUUUUUGAAGGAAGAAAGCUUAUCAUGAAUUUAUUUUAUUGGAUUGACUAUUGGGAUGAAAAUACCCGAGCAAGUUUAAUUAACAAAAUUGAAAAAAAUAUAACAAAUGAAAUUUAUUCAAGCUAUUUCAAAUUUAUAAUUGAGAAAGCGUACAUGUAAUGUUUUACAUUUCAAUUACUAAGCAAUAUAAUAAAAAGGUUUCUAAUUAAUAA